ACAACUUUCCUAGAAAGAUAAACACAACAGCUUUAUUAAUUGUUUAAAUAGAGAAAUAUUUAGAGGGCGGGGUGCAGGCAGAUGGUGAGUAUUUACUGCUGCUACAUAGAUAGAUAGAUGAGCAGUAGGUAGUUGAUUGAAUUUCCAUGAGCUGCAGGAAAUCAAAGUGCCCCGCUCCAUUUCUGUCCAAGACGUAUGAUCUCUUGGAAGAAGAGCGUGAGGCUGAGCGUGUCGGCGGUGGUAAGAAGAAGAUAGUGUCCUGGAAUUUGGAGGGGAAUGGGUUUGUUGUGUGGUGUCCGGCAGACUUCUCAGACCUCAUGCUCCCUAGAUACUUUAAGCACAACAAUUUCUCCAGCUUCAUUCGGCAGCUCAAUACCUAUGGUUUCAAGAAAACGGCUUCGAAACGAUGGGAAUUCCAGCACGAAAAAUUCAGGAGAGGGUGCAGGCAUCUGCUGGCGGAGAUGAGGCGCAAGAAGUGCCAGCCCAGUGCCUUCCCAUCCUAUCUCAAACCUUCCGCUCAUCAUCCACCUACACAGGAUAAUAAAUCCAUUGCUGCUACUGCUACUGCUAGUGAAGUACUAUUUAUGGAGCUGAUGGAGGAGAACAAGAAGCUAAGAAGGGAAAGACUCGAAUUGGAAUUGCAGAUUGCUCAUUUCAAGACUAUGGAAAUGAAGUUGCUGGAAUGUCUUUCCCACCCCACCCCCACCCAUCACUACCCACCUUCAAUCCCCAUAAACUAUCUCAAUUAAUUAAUUAUCAGCCCCCUUCCUUUAUUAUAUAUAAUUAUAUCUUGCCUAUCUAUCAUCAAAUAACCCAAUAAUGUUUAACAAGUUCCUUGCAAAUACAUACUUAAUUCCACCUCUUUUUUCCCUUUUGAUCAAAUUCAUGCUAUAUUCAAUAUUUCUGCACAGAAUAUCUAGGCCAUGUUUAUAUCUUAGGUCCGGCACAGUUCACAAUUAUUUGUUUACUUUCCCAGUGUUCAACUCAAGAUCAAUUGCAACUUAAGGGCCGAUACUGGUCCCAAAAUCUUGACAUACUAUAAUCUAGCUCAUCCCACAUCGAUCUAUCACCAUUUCAUCCUAGCUAUAUUACGAUAUGUAAACAUAAUCUUAGAUGAUUGACACAUUAUUUGGAAAAAGUUUGUAUGUUGCAUACUAAGCAUAACAUCUACAAAACCUGCAAGGAGAAUGCAUUGUAAGAUCAAUUAUUUUGUGAAUAUUGAAUAAGCAUGGUGAGGAGGACGUGGGUGCACUUUGUUUUUCUUUUAUUUUGACUUUCAAGAUUGAUUUAUAAAAUGUUGCUGCAAUUCGUGGAUGUUGUU